AUGCUGGCUCGAGCGCUCCGCGCCUCGCGCGGCGCCACCACGGGCCGCCGCUUCCUCUCCAUGCGGCCGCGCACCAUGUACGACAAGAUCUGGGACGAGCACGUCGUGGAGGCGGGCAGCGACGGCAACGCUCUGCUCUACUCAAAGGCGCUGUGGCGGUUGUUCAAGGACGUGGCGUCCUUCAUCGAGGAGGAGCAGUCGCGGACGCAGGUGCUCGCGCUCGAGGCGAACGUUGAGGCGUUCAACCUGGCCUACUUUGGCAUGGGCGACAAGCGGCAGGGCGUGGUGCACAUCAUCGGGCCCGAGCAGGGCUUCACCGUCCCGGGCGCGACCACCGUCUGCGGAGACAGCCACACCGCCACGCACGGCGCGUUUGGAGCGCUCGCGUUUGGGAUCGGGACGUCAGAGCAGCAAAAGAUGAAGAACUUCCUGAUCCGCGUCGACGGCGCCCUCCCCGUCGGCGUCACCGCAAAGGACGUCAUCCUGCACUUUGCGGGCGAGGCGAUCCGAUCGCUGUCGAUGGAGGGGCGCAUGUCGAUCUGCAACAUGGCCAUCGAGGCGGGCGCGCGCGCCGGCCUCAUCGCGCCCGACGACGUCACGUUCGACUACUUGCGCGGCCGCCCGAUGGUGCCUGCUCCCGAGUCCGACGAGUGGGGGGCGGCGGCGUACGACCGGACUGUCGUCAUCGACGCCGCCUCCAUCGCACCCACCGUCACCUGGGGCACUUCUCCCGAGGACACGGCGCCCAUCAGCGGCAGGCCCUCGAGGGCCUGCGAGGCUGGAGAAGCGGGAGGCGAGUGGCGGAGUGGUGCUGCGGGCCGCCCAUAG